AUGAGGCCAACUCGUAACCCGAACAAGCCUUACACGGCUAUCACGGCCAAUAUAGAGGUCCUUUGCCGUGAGGAUAAGAAAGAUGAUAUCAGUGGAAUUGUCAACAUCAUUGAGACGAUGAAACUGUUAGGAGGAAGUGGGAUCGAAGAAGCUUCACGGGCGAUUAGAAUGGAGCUUUUGUAUGGAAAUGAACAUCAAAGACUAAGGGCUCUGGAAAUCUUGGAUGGACUCAUUCAAAAUGCAGGAGAGACAUUCCAAAAGAGAUUCGCAAACAAAAAGUUGGUGGAUAGUUUUGACAGGUGUCUGGACAAGCACUCCGGUCAACUUGUGAGGUCAGAAUGCACAAAGCUCUUGCGUGGAUGGUCCAAGUAUAAUCCAGAUAUUGCUCGACUUUAUAAGAAAGCCAAAGCCUUAAGUGACGCCGAUAAUCCAUUCGGUGACGGCGCAGAGACAGAACGACCUGCACCUGCACCCGUUCGAAAGGUUGCAGCCCCUGUCGUUCCAGUGGCUUCUCCAAUUCGACCAAGUGAGCCAAGCCAUACCCGAAGUUCAUUCUUUCGAAAGAAAGAUAAGAAAAGCAAGGGGAGAAACAAGAAUUUCAACUUCGAGGCAGAGAAACCGAUGAUGAAAGCUUGUGUUGCCGAUUCCACCAUCGCGGCAUCAAACUUGGAAAAUGUAUUAAGAUCACAAGGAGGCCAACAGAUCACUGCAAACGCAAAUGCACUUCGGUAUUUUGAGAUAGGGAAAAAGCAUCGUCAAAAGAUUAAGACUUAUCUACAUUAUCUUACCGAACAGAAAUACGAGGGCUCCGAAGAAUAUGUCGGCCCACUGCUCGAUGUUAAUUCGAGAUUAAUGGAUGCGCUCAAAGCUUUUGUGAACGAAGAUGGCUCACUUGACGCGGAAAGCGAUUCAGACGACGAGUUGGCUGCGCAACAGCAUGCAUUCAGAAUGAUCGAAGAAAGACACAAAACCAGACAAAACACUGAUGCCUUUUCCCAGAAUGCUUUUGCGAAUAUGGGAAGCUCCAGUUCCAAGAGUCCGGAGAAGGCACCGCCAAUGCCUCCUCGUCGUGCACCCAUGGCAGCACCACCACAGAAUGAGGAUGAUGAGGCCGAUAAUGAUCCUUUCGGUGAUGGUAAUGCUCUAGAUACUCCGGGGGCGGAGAAGGAUGAGCCUAGAUGGUAA